ACUGCUAUGGUUUCACUCUCCUCCGCAAAUUUAGAAGCAAUAAGCAUGCUUGCUUUGGGAGGCACAAACUGUCCUGCUUCCAACCCAUCAAUGAAUCUACAUGGAAUGGUUGGACACCUACAAGUCUUUGCCCUUUCAAGUUGGUUUUCAACUAAUCAAUUUAUCAAAUACUCUGAGACAACAAGAGGUCUAAUGUGGCUCAUACCUCGUCACAAACUUCCUUGGGUAGAUUUUGACUCUUCAUCUUCAAUCUUGGACAAAGAGAAACAUCCAGAAAGAAGUAAUGACUUGUCUGCAAGAGAGCAUUCUAAUAACAGAGAUCAACGACAAACUGAUUUAAUGAAUUUGUCUUAUAUUGAACACAAACUACCAUUUCCAACUGAAAUAACCACCAAAUCUGGUCGGCUUUAUAAUCAGCACAAUGUAAGCAAGACAAGUACAUUGUAUGGUCUACCUCUCAAUUCAAUAGAAUAUUUCACUUACUUCUUGAGAGGAGAACCAAUAUUUGCUGGCAAUGUCAUCAAAGGAAUGGAGAAUCACAAAGGGUGGCAGGACAUGGAGAUGAACUUAUUCUGGCUGGGUGCGGUAGGAGGCUGUUUAAUUUUAGUUCAUGUUUUCAUGAUAUUCAUCCUAAGAAAGAGGACAGGGGGACCACCUCAAGGCAGUUUAUCAGUUCCUAGGUUUGAGCUCUUUCUUCUGAUUCUCAUGCUACCUUGUCUUUCUCAGUCAUCAACAUUUGUAAUAAAAGGUGGAACAACAGGGGGAAUCAUUACUGGGGUGUUGUUACAGGCAAUCCCUGCAGCAUUCAUCUUGUCAGUAUUGCUCUUUCUGGUUAUUGCAAUCUAUUCUGGAAGUUUUGCCCAGUACAAAGAAUUCAAACAAGUAACUGAUGAAGAAGAAUGGUAUAUUAAGCUAUGGUUCUUUUCUGUUGGGAGGCCUACAACCGGAAAGUGGUUUAACAGGAAAAGGCUACCUUCCUCUUUCCUCUCACGCUUUGGAAUUCUCUUUGAUAAUUGGAAGGGUCCUCCAGUGCUAGUUUUAAGUGAUCAAAAUGAACUGAACACCAUAACCAAGUGGACUGAAAGUGGCCAAAGUGGGAUUGGGAGAAUGAAGACAGUCAAUUCAGAGGACAGCAAUGAAGAAAACAAAAUUUCCACAUUCAAGCAUGCUUUAGGCUGCAUGAGAGCAUCCUAUAUCAUCCUUGACUUAUUAAGAAGAGUUGGUUUGGGAAUAAUAUCAGUAGCUUACCCGUCAGAAAAAUUAAGUAAAAGCCUCUUUGCAUUGAUAAUUACAUCAAUACAGUUCAUUUAUCUAUUUACCACCAAACCAUACAUCAGCAGAGGUGUUCAGGUAGUGGAAAGUAUUUCUCUCUUGAGUGAGGUAGGCAUGUUUGGUAUCUUAAUCCUUCAUAGUGGGUCAAACUCAGUUGAAGCUAAAACAUGGGAUUUGGUUAUGUUGUUUCUUCUACUAUUUACCUUCAUUGUUCAGCUUAUCAACCAAUGGUAUGCUAUGGUAUAUUCCCUAUUAAAACUCUCACAGCCUCAGAACUAUUCCUUAAGGCAUGGAAUAAAGUUUGCAGCCAAGGGACUUAUCUUGCCGUUCCUUCCAAGCAAGCAUUGGUCUAGUGUGAUAUCCACUUUCUCCCAGCCAGAAACAGACCUUUCAGUCAAUCCUACAUCUUCAGGAGCAGAAUUUGAAAGAAGAAAUAGAAACGGAUACAUGGAUCCAAUCAGCGCCAUGACUGCCACUGUAGUCCCUGUGCAAAGUCCAGGUACUCCCAGCCCCAAUGUUAUUGAAAGAAGAGAUCCUACAACUUCAGAGACAGCUGCAAGCACGCAUAUUGAAGUGGAAGGUAAAUGGCUAAAGGGGCACAAGUCUGGGCUAAAUAAUGAGCUGAAGAUGUUAAGGGAGCUUGCAAAAGCUAGUUUCACUGGGGAUACCACCAGGGUUGAUGAAGCCAGUACUAGCUACACUUUAGGUAAACAACCUUUAUCAGGUGAAACCUAUUUUGGUAAUCCAAAGCGAAGAUACUGAUGCAUAUGGGGCA